ACAACACACCAGAAAAUUGUGACACGCUAUUUCAAAACUCACAACACACCAGAAAAAUGUGACACGCUAUUUCAAAACUCACAACACAACACACCAGAAAAUUGCACGCUAUUUCAAAACUCACAACACAACACACCAGAAAAUUGCGACACGCUAUUUCAAAACUCACAACACAACACAUUAACUCACAACGGAAAUACGACGGACCAUAUUUUCUGACGGACCGUUUUGAUUCCGACAGCGGGCUCUGGGAGAUUUCAAUGAGAGUAAAAUGUACUGUCCUUUUUGUGGAUCUGGCCUGCAUUCACAAAAUGCAUUCUGCAGUUCAUGUGGAAAAGACAUCAAAUUCUUGCAUGAUGCUGAUAAGCCUGGCACAAGUGGAGGUCAUGAAACUACAAUGGUGGAUGAACUUAUCCAUAAGUAUUUCACAGAAGGCCAUACUUAUGAAAUAAUACUCGACUUACUGACAACUAAGCACAACAUUUCAAUGAGUCUUGGGACUUUAAAAAGAAGACUACAAGAUGCAGACCUAACCAGGAGGACUAACUACACUCCAAUUGCUACUGUGCGGGCAGCUAUUUCAGAAGAAAUUCAGGGAUCAGGCAAGCUCUUAGGUUACCGAGCGAUGUGGCAGACUCUGAAACAGAAGUACUCUUUUACAGUAAGAAGAUGUGAUGUGAUGCACCUGAUGGGAGAACUGGACCCGCUGGGGAAAGAGAAACGUUCUAGACGCAAGUUUGUCCGAAGAACAUACCACUCAAAUGGACCCAAUGAGGUCUGGCAUGUUGAUGGGUAUGACAAAUUGAAACCUUUUGGAAUUGCCAUAAGUGGCUGUAUUGAUGGCUUUUCCAGAAAAGUUUUGUGGCUCAAAUGCGGGAAGUCCAACAAUGAUCCUAGAGUCAUUGCUCAAAAUUACAUUGAGUGUGUCGCUGAGUUUGGAGUUUGUCCAAUGCGGCUCCGCACUGACUGUGGCACUGAAAAUGGACUGAUGGCAGCGCUUCAUUGUUCUUUGAGAUCUGAGCAUACAGAUGAGUUUGCAGGAGCCAAAAGCCACAUGUAUGGGACUUCAACAUCCAACCAACGCAUUGAAAGCUGGUGGUCCUACUUUCGCAAACAAAGGAGUCAAUUUUGGAUGGAUCUAUUCAGUGACUUGAGGGAGAGGCAUCUGUUCAAUGGCAGCUACGAACACACAAAUUUGCUGCGAUACUGCUUUUUGGAUGUCCUGCAGAAAGAACUGAAUGAAUACAAGCAGCAAUGGAACACUCACAUUAUUCGUCCAGUUCGGCAAUCCAGAUGCCCAUCUGGAAGACCAGAGGCAAUGUACUUUUUGCCUAACAGGUUUAAUGGGAGGAACUGUGGAUUUCCAUCAUCAACCCAAGUUCUUAGUCAGCUUGAAAGCCUCAUGCCAGCACCAGCAACUCCUGAGGGAGAUAAUGACCAGCAAACCCGCUACGAACAAUUACAAAGACAAAGUGGUUUGACACCACUUCUUCAGUGGGAAUCUGCUGUAGAGACAUACAUCACCUUGAAGAACAUGGCUGAUAUUUAAUAUAUACUAUUUGUCCGGUAAUCCUUUAAAGUACACACACCAAAGCUUUCAGAGAUUUAACAGAAGAGCCUGCAGUCAAAGAAUUUUAUUUUUUAAAUUUUCAGCAAAACAAGCUGUCUUCAGUGCCACUUAAAUGUACAUAAAAUGUAUACUCAAA